AUGUCAAAAACUUUGCUAGCAGUAAUUUUGGAAAAAAUUACGCAAGAAACAACUGAACAAGAACAAAUUGACCUUUUACAGUCAAAAUUAAGAACAUUAGAACUUUCUGAUUUACCAAUGUUAAAAGACAUAACCAUGAUAAAAGAUAUAUUAGAAUAA